AACAAGUCCGUCUCAACUUGAGGCCUCCCAACGCCAAGAACUUGAAAUCUGAACGUCUUCGGUUUGAUUAUUGUGUUGAGUGGUGGAAAUAAUGGAAGAAUGCGUGCCUCCGGAAGGCGAGGAAUUAUUUAUAAAUAACUGUGGUUUACCGAUUCAGUUUUCUAUACCAAUAUGCCAUGAAAAAGAGGAAUACCGCAGGAAAAUUGAGGGUCAUGGAGGUAGUCUAACAUCUAUAAAGGGAGGACAUCACACAAUACAUAUAAUUCCGCCAUCACUGAAGACUACUUCAAGUACCAGUAUGUAUGAUGUAUUCAGCACCAGGUAUAUCGAUGACUGCAUCCAUAGUGAAAAGUUAUUGAGUUUGGAAAGCUAUAGAAUUGGGAAGUCCCAGUAUUCGUCAAAUAUAAGUGUAAAUGAUAUCAUGAUGGGAAUAAGAUCCUGGAAAGAUUGCACAGUAGAUAGCAGUAAUAUAGGAGAGGAUGUAGUAUUUAAUGAUGAUGAUGAUAUGCUUCCUCUUCCCCGAAGAGCCAAAUGGAAAGGAAGGAGAGAAUAUGAGCAUCGUGAAAAGAGGGCCAUCUUGAAUUAUAUAAUAGACAAAAGGAAGUAUCAUGAAGUGAAAGGUCGAAACUUGUGGAUAGAAAUGGAAAAGGCAAAGGUUUGUCCAGGAAGAACAUGGGAGUCCAUGAAAGAACACUUCCGGAAGAGCAUCAUACACAACUUACAUUUAUUCAAACUUGAUGAUAAAACACUAAGAAGGCUCACUGAACCUUUUGUGGUGGAAAGGAAAGCAGUAAAAAGAAGAUGCCCAAGUGAUGAUUCUGAUGAUGAAGUUUCUUCAGAUGGAGAUAACGAUAGUGUUUCAAGUAAGGAUGUCAGUAACUUAGACAGAGAUAAAAAUGGAAAUGCAAGGAAGGAAUUAAAUGCUAAGGUAUUUAACAGAGCAGUGGAUGGACAAAUCCACAAGGAAAAUAAUUCCAAAGAUCUUACUGUUCAAGAAAAAUGCUUAAAUUCAAACCUUGCAUUAGCUCCAGAUGGUGGAAAGAAAAAACAAGAACAGGAUCCAUCAAACAAAAUCACUGCAGUAGAGAGAACUUCACAAGGCAUUGAAGAAAAAGCUCCCCCAAAAAUGUUGAAACUUGCUGACAAUUCAGAAGAAAAAUGUGGUGAAUCAGAACUUCAUAACAGUUCAGAUUCAACGAUAAUGUCAGAUGAAGAGCUAGGAAAUAAGGAAGAACUUGUUGGAGAAGUGACUGGUGACCAAAGUGAUGCCCAAAGUGCCGUUAACAUUACUGCUACACUAGCAAUUAGUGAAAAUGAUCAAAAUGAUAGACAGUCAAAAAAUUAUGUACCUACAUCUUCAGUUCAGGCAUUACCAGAUGUUAUUAGUUCUAAUUCAACAUCUAUAAGCACAGACUCUUCUCAUGAAAAAUGUUCUAAUCAUGUAGUGACCUCUGUUUCAGGAAAUGCAAAUACACAAGCCUUUGACAUUAUUUAUUCCAAUGAAGAAUUUAGCACAAAUCAUUCAGGUCGGCAUUUACCAGACAAUAAAAAUGAAGGCCAUGAAAAAUGUAAUUCACCAGGACACAAAAAUUCUGAAAAUAUUGAUGAGAAUCAUCUUGUACAUAAAAGUAUAGAAGUUACUUCAAGAUUUACUGAAAGUGAGGACAUUAAUGAAAAUCCUUCGAGAGAAAACGAAAAUGUUCAUGAUUCUUUACUUACUCAAACACAAGCAGAGUCUGCUCUGGCCUCCCAAAAUCCUGUCCCAAGAGGUGAAGUGAUUAGUGAUUACCUACAGGAACAUAACGAAAUGCAGAUUUCUACUCGUCGUUUAACAAGAAAGAACGGUAUAAAGAGUCCAACCACUUCUAGAACAAUGGAUGCAAAUUCGAGUCCAAAAAGCAAUGUAACUAGUAUUGGCACUUCCAAGAAACAAAAUUCUAGAAGAAAAAAUAUCAAGAGUCCUCAGUCUUUAAGGACAAGAGGUAACUUUGUUCAUAGUCCCAGGGCAGGGGAUGAUGCCUCUGAUGCUUAUGGAUCUCCUUUGUCAGGUACACAGACUGAAGAAUAUGAGAGUUGUUUUGAUCAACAUCAUGAUGAUGAUACCAAUCAAAAAGAAAUUUUACAGUCCAGAUUAGAGACAGUUGAUUUGGAUUCGUCCUCAAGCAGUUCAUCAUCUCACAGUUAUGCAUCUAGAAUUAUUUUUCCUCUUCCAGGAAAUGAUAAUAGAAGGAAGCAACGGGGUAGUUCAUACACGUGUACAGAUGCUUCCAGAAAUAUUAAUGAAAAUCCUGGCUAUAAAGUGAUGCGGAGAAAAAGAAGAAACCGUAUUAUUAAUGACAGUGAUAGUGACGACCAGAGAGAUCAGUUGGAGUCAUCAGACAAUGAAGUUGUUCUUAAAAGGAAUCCCCACAUACAUAUUUUUGGAAACAAUCAUGAGAGCCUAAAGCAGGCAAAUCAGAGACUACCUGAAACAGACUGUGUUAGUGGAACUACUUCAUCAUCAGAUGAAGAGGGCCCUGCUCAAUCUUCUUGUGCUUCAAAUAUAAAUAAUCAUAGUGGAAGAUAUGAUCGAACAUUCAAUCCAAAGUCAGGUUGCCGAGAAGGUGAUAAAAAGUUUAAUGGAAAAAGAUCCAAUAAGCCUUACACUUCUAGUGAAGAUGUGAAGAUCCUCAGGUAUAUAAUUAAAUACAAAGGAUAUGAUAAACUGGGCGGCAAUAUAUUUUGGAAGGAUAUGGAAGCCAGUGAAACUAUUCCAGGCAGGAGUUGGCACAGUUUAAAAGAACGUUAUCGGAAGAGAAUUAUUCAUCACCUUCCUAUAUUUCUCCACUAUGGUAUUAAUGAAAAUCAUCUCAAGCGCCUGUCAUCUGAAACAGGGGAGAGAAAAGAUCAUGGAAACCAAUCUAAAAAUGAUUCCAACAGUCGUAAAAGGCCUUAUACGAGAGAUGAAGAUUACUUGAUUUUGAAAUUCAUAAGUGAAAACAAAAGACAUUCUCAGAUUGGAGGAAAAUUGAUGUGGGUCCUUAUGUCAGAAUGUAUUGAAGGCCUACAAGGAAGGACUUGGUUAAGUUUAAAAGAACGAUUCCGGCGAACAAUAAUGAAAAAUCUUGGUUCUUAUCAAAUCUCAGAUGAAGAAAAGAGAAAAUUCAAGAAAAGUGAUGAAAGACGUACACCUGGUUUAAAACUUUAUUUUAAAGAGGAGAAGACAUCUAGUUUGGAAGAUGAAAGCUCUAGUUCUGAUGGUUGUGAUAUUUCUACUGUUAGGCAAAAUUCAGAUAUUGGUAAAAAUUUGUCUUGCAUUAACUCAAAAAAAACUGAAGAUAUAAGGAGAGGUUUGGAAAGUAGACGUGUUAUCGAUAAACACCUCGGCAUGGAAACCAAGCCUAGCACAAGUGGUUACUAUCCAAAAAAUAAACCCAAUGAAAUAUUGAAAAGAAAAUUAUACACAGCUAUUUCAGUGUUUAAUGAACCACCAGAGAAGAACUGUAGAUCCAAACAGUCAGUUCAAUCUACCAAAAUGCCAAACAAAGAAAGGAUUCCAGAAACAUCAAUUUCAACCGAUGCUAAUGAGACCCAUAUUGAAGAAAAAACUCCUGAAUUAAAUGAAAAUGGUGACAAUUCACAAGGUGAAUCAGAGGAGAUUCCAUUGUUGCUGGAAAGUCAGUCAUUAAAUUCAUGUUCAACAAAUAAAAGUCUGUGCAUGAAUAAGGGAACUGUUCUGGCUGAGUCAAGUAAUUCAGAGAAGGUUUCAGAAAAUAUUGCAGCUGUCAUGGAUGAGUCAGUGUUGGUUAGUAAUUCAUCUAAUUUUGGGAAAGAAAGUGACCAAGAAACAUUGAAGAAAAAUGAAAUAGCUUCAACAGUAGAUCAUGAAUCUCAAGCCUUUGGUGAAAUAGCCAUAACAUCAGAGCAAGAAUCUGAAAUACCUCCUUCAUAUGAAUCGAUGAGUGACAUAAGCUUCCAAUCUGUGAAACAGAAUGUAAAAGAAUCUAAUGUACUAAGUUCUCCCUCAGCUUUAAGAAAAAAACAGAGCAUAACAUCAUCAACCAGUCCAGGAGGCUUACGAAAGAAAAGCUGCCUCGAAAACUUGCGUAUUACUCUUCGUUCUAGUGUAAGACGGAAGUUACGAAAGCGAAGCAUUCGUCACUUGCAGAUAUAGUAAUUUUUAUUAUAGGGUUUAUUUAGAUAGUUUUGAUUGCAAUCCAUUAUUAAAGUAAUAUGUUGCAUUUCACACAUAACAUAAUCAGUAUCAUCUCUUCAAGAGGGAUAUGCAAGAAUGUUUUGUCUAAUUUAUUCAGAAAGUUUUAAGUUAUUGUCUGUAAUUAACAGAUAUUUGUUUUUAAGUGUUUAGUGCUUUGAAAGGAAGUUUCUCAAAAUUAAUGCAUUAUUUUAUGGUCAUGUGAAACUAAAAUCUCUGCAGUCUCCAUUUCUAUUGUUUGCUCUAUUAACUGCAGUCUCUUAGGUGUGCAUUUUAUUCUUGCAAUAUGCCUUUGCUGAAUAUUUUGUAUUCUUUGGAAUGAUUUGUAGUACUUUUUAUAAAUCAUGAUAGUAGAAAUUUUUGAAUAAAAGUUUAAUAUGACUAAGAUUGUUACAUGUAUGGGGUUAUAUGUGACAGAAAAUCUCUCCAUACUCAUGUCAUGUGCAUUUUGCACCCUAAUUCCUGUCUUCAUAAUUGAAAGCCCUAUCUACAUGAUUUCCUUAUUUCCAACUAGUUUUUGUCCUCUGCAGGUUUUCAAACUGGCCCUCUUCCUUCUCAUAUAAUGUCCAAACUAUUGGUCUUUGAGAUUUCUAUUUUCCAACUUCUGGAUCCUACAUCUGUUAACAACUUUCUCAUUUGCAGUCCAUCCAUGAACUCUCAUUUGCAGUCCAUCCAAGAACCAUAGAAUUUUAGCCUCACCUCUUUGCAGUCGCUUUGUUUUAAACCUCCAUGUUUGUAAUAUCUUCAUUUACCAGCAGUGCAGCAUCUCUCCAGUAAAUGUUAUGGCUUGA